UUGUGCAAAAAAUUGUACAGUAAUUUUAUGGUGAAAAGGUUUAAUUGUCUUCUAAUAUAUUUGUGGUAAAUACAGGUGAAAGAAUUACUUACCAAAGACCAUGAGAGGGUAAACAGCAUGUGUCCAAAUGAUUUUUUGACUGAAUGCGCACCACAAAAUAUCACAUAAUAGUCCCACAGAGAACAUUAAACUGGCCACCAGUGUCUUCUAUGAGCUGGCGUAGCUCAAGUCAGUAUAGUUGCUGGAUGACUGGGGUUUGAUCCCUGACAAGGACAGAAGAUCUUUCCUCCAGCCUCUGGGGCCCACCCUCCAAUGAGUACUGGGGGUAAAACGAGACCGUGGCGUGAUGCUGACCACUCACCCCACCUAGUGCCGUGGUCAAGAAUGAAUAGGAGCUUUAUCGCCUCUCCCCACAAUCGCCUACAUGGCGUAUAAUGGGGCAGCUUUAUUUUACAAAUGUCUUAUAUUUUUCCAGCCACUGCUCUAUCUUUGGGAGGGUGAGCAUUUGAUGACGUGGAGUAACAAUGGACUCGUGUGUUUUGAAAAAUGUUGAUAAUUCGAAAAGUUUUACAUCGAUUGAAUAUUGUAUACGAAGGUCCCAGGUAUAAACUUCGGUCUCGAGUCUAGCUUCCCUGAACUUCCUCGUUCUCUCGAUGUAAAACGACUGUAUAGUACCUUAAAUUGGCCACGAUCUCUUCCUGCUGUUGUUUGGCACACCCGUUAUGUAUAAUCUGAGCAGCGUCGUACGUAUGUUCGCCCUGGUCCUUCGACUCAAUCGUAAUAUAAGUGGGGUACAAAUGUGGGCGUCGUCCCUCCCAAGGCCCACCGGGGUCGUUGAGAUGGUUUUGAAAGGCAAAAGUUGUGGGUGGCCUGGAGGCUCGCAGCAUCUGGAAGCAAUUGCCUUACAGGGCGACCUGAAUAAACAACACAGGGUGGAAUUCCAGCCAUGUGUGCGCCUACUUUGUUCGAACAUAACCGAUAAUGGUCACGUCGUCGGAUAUUUAGUUGUUGGUUGUCAGUACUUUUCGAAUGUUCGGUGCUGUUUAUUGAGGGCUCGUGAUUCGGGCUUAUGCGUUAGGCUAGUUAGAAUCCUUUAAAUUCGUGGGGGGUGGGGCUGCUUGUGGGGUGUUGUCUGGUAGAAAUUAACCGACGUCUUAACCUCAAUGUUGGGAAAUUAAAGGGGAAGUGGACGGAUGGUUGGGUAGGUCCUCCAUGAGUGGGACAAAUGCCUACAAAAUAUCCGGAACCAGGGCGCUGAAAUUGUUCUCUGUCGACGCCAAUGCUAGUGCAGACGAUAAUGCUAAAUGCUUAUAGGAGCCUUUCGGACUGGUAGAUGGUGUGGGAGGAGUUGACAGUGAUGAAUUUGUGGGCGUGCUGGAAAUGAAGAUGGCGGAAAUCUGGAGCAUCCUCGAGACAACUUUCCAGGACUUCCUCACACGUGCGUGGUGGGAGCAACUCAAUGGUUAGUGUACGGCUAAGACGUUAGAUGUUUAAACUGAUACGUAGUCUUGAGCACUGCGUAUAUAGGCCUGUGGAUCUAUAAUCGUUUAAACAAUGGACGCUUGCGAUGUUAUUUAAAUAUGAUACUGAAUGGUUGUUGAUAAAUCAGUCAAUUUGGAGUGUGUCUCGUGUUUGAAUGCUGAUCGAAUGCAACACUGAAGACUUUCGUUAUAUUUGUGUAACGUCUCUGACUACUGUCAAUAUCCAUACAGAAGUUUGAGUGUUGUAUGAGUGGUUGGUUACAAGACCCUUAAAUGUGAAAUAUAGCAGCCGUUUGAGUGGGGUGGAAGUGUUUUAAGAACGAGAAAUCAGCUGCAGUCAGUAACCGUAACUGACGAAAUGUACGAAGUAUGUGAAGUUUUAAAAAGUAAUUUUAAUAAGUGCAUUAACACAUUGUCUUAGUAACAGGAAAUUGACAAUUCUGUUAUAGUACGGUCAUUUCGAAAUUGUAGACCGACAGUAUUUGGACCGAUAAAUGAUUUGAGCUACAACAAUGAACAGUAUCGACUGUCAUUUAUCACAAGGAGACAAUUGAUAUCGAUAUGGAAGCUGAGUACAUCAUGGGGACAUUGGAGUCUGAAGACGCGGAUGUGCAGGGGGCGAAGAGAAGACGCCAGAUGUUGCAGCAGCCCCUCGUACUGGAGGGAGGAAAGCACAGAAAUCAGGCAAAUGCUCGAGAAAGGGACAGGACACACAGCCUGCACAGUGUCAACUCCGCCUUCACGAUGUUAAGGACGCUCAUCCCCACGGAGCCGGCUGACCGGAAGCUGUCGAAGAUUGAGACCCUUCGGCUGGCCUCCAGUUACAUCUCGCACCUCGGCACCCAACUGCUGGCAGGUCCUGUUGACCAGCCAUGCCUCAGACCGAGUGUUCAUCCUCGAGGGGACUUCUCCCCUGAACACCAGCUCCUGGGGGCGCAGCGUUCAUCUCUCUGCACAUUCUGCCUCGCCAAUCAGAAGAAAGUGAAGGCGUCAGCGACUCAGGGUGCCGUGGACCCGUUCAGAUACACAGUUCAGCCGCAUGGGGGCCAAGCCGUCGUUUUCUACCCUCCACAAACUCCAGGCCCCGUCAACUCUACAGGAAUGGAUUCUUUCCUGUGCUGAACUUCUAUAUCCGCGGCCUCAGGACAACGCGGGGAUCUCGCUGUUCCAUUCACUUCUUCUGUCCAGUCACAUGACGUUACUGUUGUUCACGUGAUUGUUGACAAUGAAUAAGCCUCAUUGUUGGCGUGGUGCAUUGAAUUGUUAAACCUUGUUGGUUUUAAUAUUAUACGCACUACCAAUGUGAUUCAUGUUUUUCCAACGUGUCAGCACAUUAAAACUUUGUGUGAAGUUA